AUGCAGCAAGCUUCAAACCAAAGCGGUCAGGAGGCAUUUUUGUGGCACAAGGAUGGUUACCUGGCUUAUGGCACUGUCAUGUUCUGCAUCCUAACCAUUGGUUUUGUUGGCAAUGGUUUAACUCUUAUUGUUUUGCACCAAAGAGAACAUCGUAACCGUGGUGUAAACUCUCUGAUGAUGAAUCUAGCCUUGGCGGACAUUUUCAUCGUCGCUUUAGGUUACCCGAUAGCAAUUCAAGCCAACCUUAGGGGGAAGUCUCUGGACAGGUCUCGAUGCAUCUGGUCUGCCUUUGUAAACGGUACCGUGGGUAUAGCGUCCAUCGCAACUCUAACCGAAAUGGUUUUCGUUCCGUAUUAUGGCCUGAGGCAAGUCAACUCUGAUACUAGACUAUCGGUGGGACAAAUCGUAUGUAUGAUCGCUAGCGCCUGGUUGUAUGGGGGUCUUUGUAUGGCUCCACCUCUUUUGGGCUGGAAUAGAUUCGUUCUUGCUGCCUCUAAAGUGAGUUGCUGUCCUGACUGGGCAGGAAGAUCAGCUUCGGACACAGCCUACAGUCUUCUCCUUGUUGUCUUAGGAUUUUUUCUUCCGCUUACUGUCAUGGUCCUGUACUACUACAAAAUUUACCGACUUGUUCAUCAAGCAAUUGUGCCAGGAAACAUCGCAGUGCAAAUGAGACGACGGUAUUCCAAACUAAAGAUAGUGCGCAUGACAGCGUUAUCUGUGGUCAUUUUUGUGCUAAGCUGGUCGCCAUAUUGUUUAGUCAGCCUCUUUGCAGUGUUCACCGGGAGGCAUGUAAUAACAUCCGGAGAGGCGGAAAUUCCCGAGUUGCUGGCCAAAGCGUCUGUCAUCUACAACCCUAUUGUGUAUACCAUCAAGAAUCGAAGAUUUCGAACAACGCUGCUUCGUAUCUUUCACGUAAGGCGGGUUAGAAACAAAGUGCAUUCGUUAACGAAUCAGUCGCGAAGUAGAGAUAUCCUUCAAAAUAGCACGCGUUGCUAUGGAAGCAAAACGAGUAAAGGCCACAACCCUAUACACAUCAUGAAGUUAAUUCCACGAGGUCCUCUUGCAGAACGGGUCGAGCAUCUACAUCCUCCAGGAGUUUGUCGAAACAUGGAGCGAGCUUCAAACCAAAGCAGUCAAGAGAUAUUUGUAUGGCAUAAGGAUGGCUACCUGGCCUAUGGCAUUGUCAUGUUCUGCAUCUUAACCAUUGGUUUUGUUGGCAAUAUUUUAGCUCUUCUUGUACUGUACCAAAGAGAACAUCGAAACCGAGUUAUAACCCCCCUGAUGGUCAACCUCGCGUUGGCAGAUAUCUUUAUAAUCGUGUUUGGAUAUCCGAUGGCAAUCCAAACUAAUCUCCGGGGGAAGCUUCUGGAUAGCAAAACUUGUGUUUGGUCUGGAUUCGUAAACGGUGCUGUUGGUAUAUCGUCUAUUAUCACACUUACUGAAAUGGUUCUAGUAUCCUACGUCGGUUUGAAGCAUGUACGCCCUACUGAACGACUGACAGGGCCGCAAAUCGCAUGUUUGAUUUCCAUGGCAUGGAUUUACGGAAGUCUCUGCAUGCUUCCUCCUCUGUUAGGGUGGAAUCGGUUUGUUCUUAACGCUUCUAAAAUAAGUUGCUGUCCUGACUGGACGGGGAAGUCAGUUGCAGAUACAACUUACAAUAUCUUCCUGGUUACGAUGGGUUUCUUCAUUCCUCUUACCGUCAUGGCAGCCUGUUACUACAGAAUUUACAGGAUUGUUCAUCAAGCCAUUGUUCCAGGAAAUAUUGCAGUGCAACUGAGACAACGGAACUCCGAACUUAAAAUAGUGCGCAUGACAGCAAUGGCCGUGACUGCUUUCGUACUCAGUUGGUCCCCUUAUUGUUUCGUCAGCCUCAUUGCAGUAUUUACCCAUAGACCUGUUUUAGCAUCAGGGGAAGCGGAGGUUCCCGAGUUGUUAGCCAAAGCAUCCGUGAUCUACAACCCCAUCGUGUAUACUAUCAUGAACAGUAGAUUUCGAGCAACACUUCUCCAAGUGCUGCGCUUGCGCAGGCGUCAAACUCCAGAUAACCGCAUCGUAGUAUUUCCAGCUCGUGAACGAAGUCGAAACGAUCUUUUAAAUCACGACAAUGUGGAAACAGAUAAGAAUAAAAAAGAGGUUUACAAAGGACAAAAACACCUACAAGUAACUUCCACUUUUGAAACAAGAGUUCAAAAAACUUUCAUUGUCGAACAAAUAUAGAGACGAUGAUGUUACCACCAACAGAAAAUCAGUCAAGUGCACUGUAACGCCACCAUAUUUCUGUUUGGUGGACAGUAAACGUUUUGCAAACUUUUAUACGACAAAUACAGGUGGUAGGUAUUUUCCUCAAUUCGGAAAUCAGCGCUCUCUUUUUAAGAAGAUUCAUCCAGAUGUGAUGAGAUAUAUUAUUACUGCUGAAAUAUCCAAAGGAAACAAAGAAGAGCAAAACCUAAGGAAUUGUGCCUUGAUGAUGUAAAAUUAGAUUCUUAUA